AGAAUUUGAGGAUUUCGUGAUUGAAUAGUGUCGGUUUUCAGUGCGUUACCACCUGUUGUAUAAAUGCUUUCAAAGGCUAUCCGGAUGCUUCUUCUGGCUGCGUAAACUCUCUAUGACGACAGGCCAAAACAUCAUGCAGUUACAUCACUCGUAAAUUUAUAAGUCUAGCCAUGUCGAAAGUUUUCUUGCUUAAAUAUAACCCGCACCCCUCGUGAGAAUCUGAGUUUGGGAGAGACUGAACGCCUGCCAAGGGUCAGCUCGAACAGUGUAAACAGUAACCACAAUUGCAUUGGCCAAAACCUGUUAGGCACCAGUCGCCAUUGUUGCCUGGGCUUUGGCUAUCAGAUGCAUUAAAACCGUCAACUCUCCCGCGCCACUCAGCCACUUGCUCGCUUCUUUCACUCUACGAAUAUCACUCAACACCCGUGUUUCCCUUCAAUCAUAGCUCCAUCAAGCUCGCGAUGCUUUCUCCACUUAUUUAUCAUCAACCAUCAACAACCCACACCCACACCGUCGUCUUCUUGCACGGGCGGGGCGAUAAUGCAAAGAACUUCAUGGAAUCACUAAACUACUCCAGAGACUCACAAAAUCGCACUCUGGCAGACGCUUUUCCAUCAUUCCGCUGGGUUUUCCCUCAAGCAAAAAUAGGGAAGGCGGUGGCGCUCGGCGACAAGGUCUCGCAAUGGUUCGACAUCUGGAACGUGAACAACUUUGUCGAUCACGAAGAGCAUCAGGCUGAGGGGCUCAGAGAGAGCGUUGCCGCGAUCCGAGAGAUCCUCGCCACGGAAGCGGAGCUACUUAGAGGCAGGUGGGACCGCAUCAUUCUGGCUGAGAUAAGUCAAGGGGCAGCAACGGGCGUCCACACUCUGCUCAACUUACGACUCCCACCGGGGCAAUCCAGACUCGGAGCCUUUGUUGGCUUUUCCUGCCGCAUGCCGUUCCCUGGGAGAAAUCUCACCGAUACUCGAGCAGUUCUCGGGCUUGGGGAUGUCCCAGAAGGAUUUGCGCUUCUGGAACAUACUCCCAUCCUACUGGAGCAUUGCGUUGACGACCCGCUGGUGCUGGUUGCUAAUGGCCGUAUUUUGAGGGAUACUCUGGGAAAAUUUGGUGCACAAGUUGAAUGGAAGGAGUAUCAAGAAGGAGGGCAUUGGUUUAAUUCACCUUCAGGGACGGAUGAUGUUGUUCAGUUUUUGAACUCCCACCUCUCUGAAUGAUUCUGGGUAUCCUCAAUGUGAAUAUUGAGCCCUACGCAGCGCUGGGAAAUCAGGCAUUAUACAACGAUGUUCAAGCUUAUGAGCUGUAUUAGCAGUGCAGAGGCUUCCAAUACACGGCGCUCGCUGCUCACUUGAUAAAAUUAGAGAUGAUAGGACGUGGAGUCUUACUUUUACACUUAGACCCUUCAGUAACAACGCUUGAGGCGCUCCUCACUCACAGACGUCAAUACGCCAUACCAUCAUCGCCUUUCUAUUCUUCAAACCUUGCUGGAGUCUCGGCAAUUGUGCCGGAAUUUUGCCUUAGUCAGUUGGUCCCAACAAAGUGUAUCACAUCGUGC